AUGGAUCUAUUCAUCUUCAUCAACUUGAUUCUUCUCAUCUUAUGUAAUACAAUUGAAAUUCACUCACUAUUAGUGAAUAAUCAUUCACAUAUUUCUAUAUGGUUACGUAAUAAUAAUAAUAAUAAUAAUAAUAAUAAUAAUAAUAAUAAUAAUAAUGCUUGGAUAACUACUAAUCUACAAGCACUCAAUGGAUAUAAUCAAAUCAAUCAUCAUGAUUCCUUUUAUAGGAUUAAUAGAUCAGUACUAUUAUUAGUAAUAUUGAACAUCUCAGAAAAUCAUGCAACAUUUGCCAACAAUUUGCUUAAUGACAAGAUACGAUUAGUUGAUGGAAAUCAAUUGGCACAUGUUCUAUUAAAUACAAAUAAUUUACAAAAUCAUCAUCAUCAUCAACUCAUAGCUAAAUCUGUGAUUGGUUCACCCUACUUAAAUAUUGAUCCUAAUGGAUUACCGACAAGUAUUCAAUUUCCAGCUGAACCAGUCAGUGGAUUGUUUUUAACUCCUGCCAUAUUGGAACAAACGAAUAAUUUAUUGGAUCAAUUCAAUACAUUUGGUUGUCCAUGGAAUUUAACAGCAUGUGUUUCAGGUGAAUUUACUAUUCGAUUUGGUUUAUUACCUGAACAAACGAUACCAAAUUCUAAAACUCAUAUCCUUAGCUUUAUAGCUUCAUAUUUUAAUAAUCAAGAAAAACUACCAUGGUUACUUGAAUUUUAUAUUUUCACUGAUAAUUUAUUAAUUAUUAAUUGGAAUCAAUUAUCCAAUAAAUCAAUAUCCAAUAUUAUUAUUCCAUUAACAAUAAGUCAAUGGAAUAUUAUAGAAACAACAAUUAAUUUAAAAAAUAAUCAUCUCAUUGUCAAGAAUAAUAACCAACAAUAUAAAUCUAAUAAUAUUUCUAAUGAUAAUCAUGAAUAUCCAUGGAUACCAAUGGUUACUAUGCAUAAAAUGGAAUCAUUCAAACAAUUUAUUGGUUUAUUAUUUGGACAUGCAACCCAAUUACAAAUGAAUACGAAUCAAUCAAUUAUUAAUUUUGCUCUAAAUCAUUUCUAUAUUGAAUCAUCUGAUAUAGUGAAAUAUCGUAAACCAAAAGAUUUAAUGAAUGUAUUAGAUCAAAUACCAACUAAUCCAAUUAAAUAUAUAUCAUCAGUGAAUUUCCCUGAAGGAAGUUUUGUACGUUAUGAUUUUAUGAAUCGUUUACAAAGAACUGUUGAAGAAGAAGUAUUAACCAUUAAUUUUACAUUACCAUUUGGUGUUACAUCGGGUUUAUUAUGGUUUAGUGAAAGUGAUCAAUCAAAAAGUUAUGUAUAUAUAAAGAAUUCAUUACUCUAUUAUAUAUAUGCAAUUACUGAUCAAACUGGUAAAGCACAACGUACAGUAACUGAAGAGAUAUUUCUAAAUUCAUCAUUAAUUCCAGAAAAACCGCAAGUUUUACAACUUAUUCGAGAUCGAGAUAAUUUGACAAUUACACUUGAUCAUCGUAGCCAAGCAAGUAGAUCAAUCGCUGGUCGAGCACCUUUAGUGUCGACUGAUGGAAAAGUUUAUCUUGGUGGGUCAGUUGAUCCAAUCAAAGAUACUGAAGGCAAAGUCGAUAGAACUUUUGAAGGACGUAUUACAAAGGCUGAAAUUACAAGAAAAGGUGAUAAAGAUGUUAAUCUUUUAAAUGUAUUAAUUGAUCCUAAUUGGAAAGAUUCUAUUCAACCAACUGGUAUUACAGAUGUUAGAUUUCGUUUACCUAAAGCUCAACUUAUUAUUGGACCAACUUCAUCAAAUAAACGUUUUACAUCAUUAGAAUCAGAAUUUUCACGUAUACCAGUACCGAUUACAUUUAUGGGUACAGAUGAUUCAAUUGUACGAUUUGAUACAUGGAAUUUUGAAUUAUAUAGAUCAUUUGAAAUUAAAUUUUCUACUUAUGAACCAAAUGGAAUAUUAUUCUUUGUUGGACCUGAUCAAGAACAUAGAGAUUUUGUUUGUGUAGAAUUAUUCGAUGGAAAUGUUUAUUUUGUUUAUGCAGUUGGUGGACAUUAUAAACAUAUUCGAUUGAAUCCACCUAAAACAGUUGUGAAUGAUGGAGGUAUUUAUAGUGUAUAUGUAUCACGUAAUGCACAGCAUAGAUUUACUGUAAAAUUCAAUAAUCAAUUAGUCGAUGUUGAAGAGGGUAAAGAAGCGCAUCAAGCUGCAUUUGCUACAUAUACUUAUAUUGGAAGUAUUGAUAAUGUGGGUCGUUUACCAUGGCAUGUUUGGUCACGUGAAAAUUUUGCCGGUUGUAUUCAUUCAAUAUUAGUAAAUGAAAACAGUUAUUUAGAUGUUUCAUCUCGAAUGAUUCAACAUACUGAUAUUGGCAAAGGAAUUCGUUUAGGACAAUGUGAAGUACCGAAACAACGUUGUAAUGAAAAAAUCUGCGAAGAAUUAAAUUUUGCUUGUGAUUGCAGUGAAUCAGAUAAAACAUUUCCAGAGAAAACUAUGGAUAUUCGACGAUCUGUCGGAUGUGAUCGAGAUGCUCCAAUACUUGAAAUGGAUGGUGAUAUGGUAUAUGUAGUUGAUUUUGAAGAACAAAUCAAUAAAUUAAUUACACAUACAGAUGAUAUUAGUUUACAAUUUAAAACAGAAACUAAUCUCUAUGGACAAACGGAUCAUUUACCAUUAUUCUAUUCAGUAUCUCGGGCUGAUAAAUCAUAUUUUCGUGUAGAUUUAGUUAAUGGACAAAUACGUGUUCAAACCAAUAUUAAUCAUAAAGGCAAAUCAAAUGCAUUCGAGGAAUUCUUUCUUCCAAGUGCUACAUUAAAUGAUAAUCGUUGGCAUACAUUACAUAUUGCACGUCGUGCUGAUUAUAUUGUCAUCUCUGUUGAUAGAGCUUCAAUAACUGGGAAAAUUCCUCUCCUUGAUCCUCAUGAUACAUUUCAAUUAAUAGCUCAACAAAUUUAUUUAGGCAGUGCUGGUCCACCAAAUUUUGGUUAUUAUCAAGAUAUUGAUACAAAGAAAAUUAUGUUACCACCUGGACCAAAAUUUAUUGGUGAAUUUAGAAAUUUUUAUUGGAAUCAAUAUGAUUUAAUUGGUACUAAAUUAUUUCCAACUAAAUAUACUACACAUUUAUUAAAUCCACCAGCAAUUCGACAUAAAUUUCCUAUAUGGCCAAGACAACAAACUUAUUCAAUUACAUGUAAAUCUGGUUUAAUUUAUGCCCAUAUGAAUAAACCAAUUACAAUGAAAAAUGGUGGAGAUACAUGGUUAAUUGAAUUUAAAACCAAUUAUGAUGGUGUAUUAUUUCGAGCUCGUGAUAUCAAUAAUCCUAGUGGAAUCCAUAUUACAGCUAUGAUUCUUAAUGGUCGUAUACAUAUUAUCUAUUCAAUUCAUGAUCAACAAGGUGUUUAUCAAAUCACUUCUGGUCCAGGUGCUGAUAAUGUUGCUGAUGGUAAUUGGCAUCGUCUUGCAAUCACUCUACGAAAAUAUAAUAAAGAAAUUCUAGCCUAUCUAGAUGGUUAUUCAAAUGAGUAUUUAGUUGGUAAAAAUGUUCGUGUGGAUUUAUUAUCACAAUUCGAUAUAUUUUUUGGUGGUAUACCAGAACAUGAAUGGUUAACAUUACUUAAUUUAUUACGUCGUUAUGCUAUGCAUUCAUUAGAACGAAGUGAAGCAAAAGAUGGUCAACAACCAUCAUUAACCGGUUGUAUUGGAUCAUUUAAUAUAAGAGCAAAUAAUUUCACUGAUAAUUUAUUAAAAUUAUAUGAUAGUUAUUUAACUGCUUAUCCAGCUAAUGAAUUAAUAAGAGGCUAUUGUAUGGAUUUAAAACGAUGUACACCAUCUUACUGUCAUCAUGGUGGAUUAUGUCGACAAAUAUCAGAUAAUGAAGUUCAAUGUAUAUGCAGUGGAACUGGUCAUGAAGGACCUAGAUGCUCAAAUCCAAUAAUUGAAUGUCCACCAGGUUAUUGUAAAAAUAAUGGACGAUGUAAAAUAGUUAAUGGUCAACCAAUAUGUGAUUGUUCUAAUACAGGUUAUACUGGAACAAUGUGUGAAAUUAGUCCAUGUAGUAGUGGAACAUAUUGUCAUAAUAAUGGACGAUGUUAUAUGAUUGGUUCAGUUGCUGCAUGUGAUUGUAAAGGGACUGGUUUCACUGGACCAAGAUGUCUUGAAUCGAUUUGUACUCCAGGUUAUUGUGGCUAUGGAGGAGUAUGCACAGUAGAUCCACUUACACAAAAACCAGUAUGUAAUUGUCGUGGAACUGGUUACACUGGAACACGUUGUGACACUCGUAUAUGUCCUGUUAAUUAUUGUGAAAAUUAUGGUGAAUGUAAAGUAGGUCAUGAUGAUCGUCCAAUAUGUGAUUGUUCCAGAACCAAUUAUGCUGGUCCUACAUGUAAUAUACCAUUAUGUCCACCAAAUUAUUGUACUGGACAUGGUAUUUGUGUUGUGCGUCAAAGAAAUCCUACAUGUGAUUGCUAUCCAGGAUAUAGAGGACCACGAUGUGAAAUUGAAGUAUGUCCAUCGAAUUACUGUAUGAAUGGUGGCACAUGUUAUCCUGGUCCAGAUCAUAAACCACAUUGUACAUGUCCAGCGAAUUUUGAAGGGGAACAAUGUGAAAUGAGAAAAUUAUGCCCACCAGAUUAUUGUUUACAUGGUGGAAGAUGUACCAUGAAUAGAGGUAUACCAAAGUGUGAUUGUUUAGGCACCGAUUAUAAAGGUACACAAUGCGAAAUACCCGAAACUUGUCCAAUUGGUUAUUGUCAAAAUAAUGGUGUUUGUUCAGUGAAAAGUGGUAGUUAUGUAUGUGAUUGUACUGGGACAGGAUAUCGCGGACGAACAUGUACAGAGCCUAUAACAUGUCCACCAAAUUAUUGUAAUAAUGGUGGUAUUUGUUCAGUUCUACCUGGAAAUGUUUAUCGAUGUGACUGUUCAAUGACAGCAAGAACUGGACCGCAAUGUGAUUCCAGUGCUCAUGGUAUUCAUAUUGGAUAUGAAAGAGAUGGUUAUCUUAUUUAUAAUUUAAUACCAUCUAUACGUACAAUUGAUGAUAAUGUAACAUUUGGUUUUAAAACUUAUAUGAAUUCUGGUACAUUAGUUACAUUUUUAACAACCGAUGGAAAAUAUUGGGCUAUUAAAUUACGUGAUGGUCGUGUCAUUGUUGAUACAGGUGGGAAAAUUACACAUGAUUUCGGUAUGCGUUCAAAUGAUGGAAAUUAUCAUAUUAUAAAUAUUGAACGUAAAGGACGAACAAUGAUUGUUACACAAGAUGGUGAAGUACUAAGAUUAUCAUUACAAGAUUUAGUCAAUCCAUAUGAUAAUAGUCUUACUUACAAUGCUAUUCAUUUAGCUGUAGAUGAGAAAAAAUCUGAUAUAUUUCGUGGAGUAAUCGGAGGAUUACAUUGGAAUGGAAGAUAUCCAAUUGAUGAUUUAAAUGCACGUAUAGUUACAUCAACUGGUACAGUGACAAUUGUACCAACACCAGGUUUUCAAAUACAUCCACCAAGACCACAACCUGAAUGUAUAUCUGAUUAUUGUUCAAAUGGUGGUCAAUGUUAUGCAGAAAAUUAUCAACGAAAAUGUGAUUGUCGAUAUACAGCGUAUAAUGGAGCAAGAUGUGAAAGACAAUCUCGUGGUUUUAUGCCUCAGAUACCAGAUAAUGGAGCUUUUGUAAUUUAUCAAAUUCAACCAUUAAAUCGAACAAAUCGUGAUCAAUUAAGAGUUGCUUUUCAAACAUGGUAUAAUGAUGGUCCAAUUGUACGUGUUGUACAAACAGAUGGUUCAUAUUAUGAAGUUUAUUUACGUGAUGGAAAACUAUACGCCGAUAUCAACGGUGCUGAAUUCACUCUUAGUAAACCAUCACAAAUAUUUAAUGAUGGUCGUAUGCAUGUGAUUACAAUGGAUCGAGAUAAAGCACGAUUCAAUUUCACUAUAGAUGGACAUCAUACAUCACAUUAUGUACCUGGUAUUGUCUCUGUGGACGGUUCAUUAAUAUCACAGGAGAUAAUUCUUGGAGCUGAUCGAACUUAUCAAAAUACUUUCAAAGGUGUAAUUGGUGCUUUCUACUGGAACGGACAAUAUUUAAUUAACCAAGUUGGUUCACUUGUCUCCAAUACUAAAGUCAUGGUGGCCCCAGGUAGAAAUGUUGCUAAAAAUAUGGAUGAAAUAGUUGUGGUGCUUAUGCCCGAAUUAUUAAAACCAAUUAAACCAAGCAUUCCUGAUGAUAAACCAUUACCGGAAGUUCUACCAGAUGGUAUAAUAGCAGGUGGUGUUGUUAUGCCUGGUUUAGGUAGUAGAAAUGAAGAUCAUGGAGGUAUAAUUCAUAUAUCUGAUGGUAAUAUCUAUGGUGCUGGUGCAACUGGAAUCAAUGCCGGUACUGGAUUGAUUCUUUCUCAAGCUGGUGGAUUAUUUGGUUUAGGCGGUGCUAUGAUUGAUGGUCUAUUAGCUGGAUUACUAUUAGCUUUGUUAUUAUUAAUUUCUGCUUUAAUAUGGGCAUGUUGGAGAUGUAAACCUGGAUGUUGUGGUUGGUGUACUGGUAAAUCGAGCGGAUUAGCUGGACGUAGUGCAUGGAGUCGAUUAGCUGCGAUAUGUUGUGCUGCUCCUGAAAGCGCUAUUAUUGUCAAAGAAAAGAAACAUUUACUGAGUGAUAAUGGCAACAUAGGCAUAGUAGAUGGAGCAGCGACUGGUGGUAUGACUGCAACAAGUCUACAAUCAUUACAAACUCAAUCACGUAUAGUUAAAGCGCCUCUAUCGGUAACCAGCUAUCCUAUAGGACAUAAUCAUAGAUUAGAUCUGACAGAUCAAAUUGGAGCAUCAGGUAUUUCCACUAUACGUAUUGAUCAACCAGUAAUGGAUGAUUUAAGCGCACGUCAAAAUGUCUACAAUAUGGAAGGUAUGAAAGUUGACUGUGUUGUCAUUACUAAGAAUAGUAAAUAUGUUGUAACUGGAUCUGGAAUGGGACCACCACAAGUAUGGGAUACUCAGUCUGGUGAUUUAUGCAAAAUUAUGGAUGGUCAAGAAUUUGGUUGUACAGAUCUACAUUUAGCUUGUGAUGAUUCUGUUCUAGUUGCUCAAGUAUUAGAUGAUAUCACUGGAUUGGAUACAUUAAAUGAACCAAGUGAAAUUCGUGUAAAACGUCUACAGUUAUGGGAUUUCGCUACAGGUCGACAACUUGAAAUGCCAAUUGAAAUUAUGUGUACAGCUACUUGUAUUACACGAUCCAGUGAAUAUGUUAUCAUUGCACAAGUUACACAAGAAGGACCAGCUAUAUUAGUAUGGAAUUUAACUGGUAAUCAAUCAGAUCAUAUUAUUCCAUAUCAUCCAGUGAAUCCAUUAUUAAAAGAUUCUAUUUCAUAUUUGAAUAUUUCAUUGGAUGAUCGUUUAGUUGUUGCUGGAUUAAAUAAUCCAACUGAUGAAUUAGCUUACUUUAUGGUGUUUGAUUUAACUGCUAGUUAUGUGGGUAUACAUCAACCGAAAUUUAUCACAUUUAAUGCUAAAGCUGAAGCUACUGAAAUCAUUGGAAAUGAUGAAGCUGUGACAGGUACACGUCGAGGUGAAUUAUUUGUAUGGAAUUUAUUAACUGGACGAGUUAUGCGUCAAAUACAAAUUAGUGCAACAUUAGAAGGUGGUAAUUUAACUAUGUUACCACCACAUAGUGAAACAAUACAUUGUGUUAAAUUAUCUACAGAUGGACAUUAUUUAGUAACUGGAUCACAAGAUCAAACAGCUAGAAUAUGGACAAUGCCAGAUGAACGGUUAUUGCAUACAUUAGAAGGACAUGCUGAUGAUGUUCUUAGUGUAGCCAUUUCAUUGGAUUCAGAAGUUGUUGUCACUGGUAGUUGGGAUGGUUCAAUACGUGUAUGGCGUGUACGUGAUGGUAAUCAAAUGUGUUGGUUCACAUCAAAUAUUGAAAUAUUACAAGUCAAAAUAAGUAAUGAUAAACGUGCAUUAGUUGCAUUAGGUGAAAGAAGUGGACAUCGUAAAUUAAUUAUGUUACAAGUAUUACGUAAUCGUACAAGAACAACAACUAAUUUACGUACAGCUGGUUCACGUAUCAAUUCAUCAUUAUCACCUCCAACACCAGGUUAUUCACCAUCAUCUCCUGUUAUUAUGGCAUAG